AUGGCUAUUCUCUACUUUCCAGAUGUGUACUCUGAGGAAGAGCAUCCCCAGCUGUACGACCUACACAGCGUCGGCGAUCUGGAAGACGACAUGGAGCUGACAAUAGCCAAUGUCAAGUUGAUGAAAAAGGGAGAAACAGCGACUGUUUACCGUGCGUCUGUUGAUGGUGUUGCCUAUUUGCCGGAGGGUGCAGCCCCGCCUCCGAUGGACAUAGUCUGUAAGGACCUGCAAGGUAUCGCAAUUCCACGCUACGUUGGUUUAUUUCAAGGAGAAAUGGAAGAUGGGCGCUGUGCCUGUCUCGUCCGAGAAUACUGUGGCGAACGACUGCGGAAACCUUUGUGCGGUACAAAGUGGGAUUUUAGAGGUGAGGUUGUUAACCUGUUACGUCAAAUCCACGAUAAAGGCGUCGAGCAUGGCAACUUCUCCGAAGAGAACAUUGUCAUCGACGUAGAAGGGCGUCCAUUCCUCAUUGAUUUCAGCGAGGCGGAGAAACACGAGUGCGAGGCCACAAUGCCCAUUACAAUUGAUGAUAUACAGCCUAUGCUUAAAGACUUUGGAUGCCGUGAGCUCUUCAAUGCAGCCGUAUUGGCCGAAGUAUGGCUGCCCGGUAAAAUUCUCUUCAUGGGGUUCUAUGUGCCUACACAAUUCGCACAGUCGCCAGAGAUGCUUGCAACGUGUGCUCCCGAAGGUGUUUCUCCUGACGAGGCGCUCAAGGCCGGACAGGAGUAUUAUGAUAUGUUCCGUUCAACUUUCGAGAAGAGAAGGCGGUAUGAGUACUAUACGUGGUGA